AUGUUCCGUUCAUUCCGCUCCGCAUCUGCACUAGCCGCACGCGCCACCAUGGUUGCGCGUGUCCCUGUCCAGCAGCAGCAAAAACGUUUCCUCAACAUCCAUGAAUAUCUCUCAGUGGAUCUCUUGCGUAAAUAUGGUGUCAACGCGCCUCGUGGUCAUGUUGCAAAGACUCCUGAAGAGGCUCUUGAUAUCGCAAAACGCCUUGGGUCUGAUGAUUUGGUAAUCAAGGCACAAGUACUCGCUGGUGGUCGUGGCAAGGGUACAUUUGACAAUGGCUUCAAAGGUGGCGUCAAGACCUUCUCCACGCCUGAGGAAGGCAAAGCAUUGGCUGAGAAGAUGCUGGGUCACAAGCUCAUCACCAAGCAAACCGGUGCUGCUGGCAAGCCAUGCAAUGCCGUUUACAUUUGUGAACGCAAAUACGCACGCAACGAGUACUAUUUCGCCAUUCUGAUGGAUCGCAAGGCUGCUGGUCCAGUGAUUGUCGCUUCUUCUGAAGGUGGUGUUGAUAUUGAAACAGUGGCCAAAGAGAACCCUGAUGCCAUCAUCACGCUCAAUGUGGAUAUCAAAAAAGGAUUGACCCAAGACCAAGCCAAGGAUCUGGCCACUCGUAUGGGAUUUAGUUCUGUGGCUAUUGACAGUGCAGCUGAGACCUUUGUCAACUUGUACAAGCUGUUUAUCGAGAAGGAUGCCACACAAGUGGAAGUAAACCCACUUGUACAGAGUUCGGAUAAUCAAGUACUUUGUAUGGAUGCCAAGCUCAACUUUGACGACAAUGCCGAGUUUAGACAACAAGAUAUCUUUGCCCUUCGAGAUUUCACUCAAGAGGAUUCGCGUGAAACGGCUGCUGCCAAGUAUCAUCUCAACUACAUUGGCUUGGAUGGACACAUUGGUUGCUUAGUCAAUGGUGCUGGUCUUGCUAUGGCAACGAUGGAUAUCAUUCAAUUGCACGGUGGUAAACCUGCCAACUUUUUGGAUGUCGGUGGAGCUGCUACCCCUGAAACGGUCAAGGCUGCAUUCGAAAUCAUCACAUCGGAUCCCCAGGUGACAUCUGCCUUUGUCAACAUCUUUGGUGGUAUCAUGCGCUGUGACAUUAUCGCCCAAGGCAUCAUUGCUGCUGCUAAAGAACUCGACAUGAAGAUCCCACUGGUGGUGCGAUUACAGGGUACUAAGGUUGAGGAGGCUAAAAAAUUGAUUGCCGAUUCAGGUCUCAAGAUUUACGCUAACGACGACCUUGAUGCUGCUGCCAAAAAAGUGGUCAAGUUUUCUGAUAUUGUCAAGACUGCCAAGGAAGCCGAUAUCAAUGUCACCUUCCAAUAG